AUGGCGCCUCUGCGGAAGACUGGUAGUUACUGCUGCGUUGUUGACUGCCAUAACAGCACUGUGAACACGAAGGGCUUGAUUCCGACAGUGAAAUUCUAUCGAUUCCCGAAAAGAUGGCACGAAAGAGACAGGCGGCAGGCGUGGAUUACUGCAGUGCGUCGAAGAAAUGCCGAUGGAAGCGCGUGGUACCCAGCAGAUUCGGCGCUGAUUUGCAGCAGACACUUUGUGGGUAACUGCAAAAAUGACUCUAGUAAGCAUCCGUCGUACCUGCCGACGAUUUUUCCGGCGGUGUACAACAAGCGGCCACCUGACGCAGAAGCGACACACAGGUGCAAACUGCAUGCUUGGACGGCAGCUUGUUCAGCGCAAAAUUCCGUGGAGCAGGCGGUUCCCCAGAGUAUUCAAGUUGACCCAGCAAUGCAAGAUCAAGAUACCCCUGUUUGCCUGAGCUUCCACGGCACUCUUUCAAACGAUGCGGAAAUACUAGGGCUGCCUCUCGCUACAAUCAGAAAUGACGACCCUCAACCUUCGGCAGCACUCUGUGAAACAAUACGACCGGCUUUUUCAGCUACACAGGCUGAUGCUGUAAGCGUGUGA